CACACACCGGGUAUUAUUGAAAAAAAAACUGAAGAAACGUGUGAUUUUGUUUCUUACAUUAAUUUUAUAGAAAAAAUAUAAAUAAAUAAUAUUAAUUAAUAUUUAAAAUGGAUUCAAUACAACCAGGAAGUUUAGCAAGUUUAUCUGGAGCUGAAAAAGAUGAAUUAAUGCAACAAGUUAAACAAGAAAUUGCUGUUGCAAAUGCUCAAGAAUUAUUAACCAAAAUGACAGAGAAAUGUUUUAAAAAAUGUGUUUUAAAACCAGGUACAUCAUUGGAUAGUUCAGAACAGAAAUGUGUUGCAAUGUGUAUGGAUCGUUACAUGGAUUCCUUCAAUGUUGUCACCAGAGCAUACAGUGGCAGAUUACAAAAAGAACGUAACAGAAUGUAAAUAGAUUAUUAAAUUAUAAUUAAUAAAAUUGUAUCAAAAAUUA